AUGGCGACAGCAUCAAGAACGAGCACGAGCAUUUCACGAAUAAAACCACGAACCGCAAACGCCGUCUCUCGCACAGCCGCGGCAAAGAAAGUUGACGGCUCAAGACCAACAAAAGCCCCUUCUUCCCUCGACAAUGGCAGUGCUGUCGAAAGCGCACUCUCGUCCAAGACCAGCUUUGCAUCCUUGGGUGUUCAUCCAUGGCUUAUUGCCGCCCUGUCCGCCAUGGCUAUUACUCGACCGACGGGCAUUCAAAAGGGCUGCAUCCCCGAGAUUCUCAAGGGCAAGGACUGCAUCGGAGGAAGUCGAACUGGUUCGGGUAAAACAAUGGCCUUUGCCGUGCCUAUCUUGCAGAAAUGGGCCGUGGAUCCAGUAGGUAUCUACGCCGUGGUCUUGACGCCGACAAGAGAACUUGCACUCCAAAUCUACGAACAGUUCAAAGCCAUAUCCGCAUCACAAAACCUCAAACCCAUUCUCGUAACCGGCGGCGCAGACAUGCGAGAGCAAGCCCUGGCCCUCUCCCAGCGACCCCACGUUGUCAUUGCCACCCCCGGCCGUCUGGCCGACCACAUCAGCACAUCCGGCGAAGACACCAUCUGCGGACUACGACGGGCACGGUUCGUGGUGCUCGACGAAGCAGACCGACUUUUAGCCAGCGGGCACGGCAGCAUGUUACCUGACGUGGAGACUUGUCUUUCCGUCUUGCCUCCGCCAAUGGAGCGGCAGACAUGCCUAUUCACUGCAACCGUGACUCCAGAAGUGCGCGCACUCAAAGACUCUCGACAGCAAUCCUUGGCCCCGGGAGCCAAGCCCCAGAAAGAAGUCUUCGUAUGCGAAGUCGACACCGCCGUGCUCGCUAUCCCGCAGACUCUGCGCCAACAUUAUCUCCAAGUCCCCACCACCCACCGCGAGGUAUUCCUGCACAUCCUCCUCCUGACCCCCGCAAAUAUCUCCCGCCCGACCAUCAUCUUCACCAACCGCACCGCCACGGCGACCAUGCUCGAGCACAUGCUGCGGUUACUCGAGCACCGAGUGACAUCUCUCCACAGCGGUCUCGCGCAACGCCAGCGUAUCGACAACCUGUCCCGCUUCCGCGCAGGCGCUGCCCGGAUCCUCGUCGCCACCGACGUCGCCGCUCGUGGUCUGGACAUUCCCGAGGUUGCGCUCGUCAUUAACUACGACGUCCCUCGCGAUCCGGACGACUAUAUUCACCGAGUCGGACGUACGGCUCGUGCCGGUCGCUCUGGUGAUGCCGUCACGCUGGUCGGACAGCGCGACGUUGCGCUCGUCCUUGCCAUUGAGGAGCGUGUUGGCCGCAAAAUGGUCGAGUAUGACGAAGGCGAAGAUGUCAAUAUCGAGACGAGAGUCGUCCGUGACGGUCUCAAGAUUGUGGGAGAAAGGAAACGAGAGGCCAUUCUGGAAAUUGAAGAGGGCAGGGAAGUCGGUGGUAAGAGGAGAAGAGACGGGCAUGGUGGAAGUAGAAGAUUGGGGAAAUUGAUGGCUUACAAGUAG